UAUCCCCUUGACCCGUCCCAGUUUGGAGCUGCCACCGUAGCCGGAGGCCAUGACUUCGGUCAGCUCCUCGUCCACCUUUCGCUCAGAGCGCAUCAGCACCUACAGCCCGGCAGAGACCUGUUUCGAACCCCGGCUGGACCCAGCGCACGGGAUCUUCAGCCCAGGGCGGGCACGGGAGUCCUACGGAUACGCAGGCUCACCUCCUUCUGGGCAUCCCUCCACCCUGGGGAGCAGCAACGUGGUAGCCAGUGGGGACAAAUACCAGGUCCUGGCCGACGUCAGCCAGUUCGAGCCCCACGACAUUGUGGUGACCACCUACAACUGCUGCAUUGUCAUCCAGGCGGAGAAGGUGGCAGAAGAUGGCACCGUCUCCAACACCUUCACCCAUAAGUGCCAGCUCCCAGCAGACAUGGAUCCCUUGUCUAUAAGCUGUGCUCUGAAUGACUCUGGCAUGUUGGUCAUCACCGCCAAACGGCGAGUCCUGACUCCACCCCCUGUCUACCGCAGUGAAGUCAAACUGUAAGCUGCCCCCACUGCUCACACACACCAAACACUUUAAUACCCCCUAUUAGUUCUUCCUAAUGUUUACCCAAAAACAUUUUUGAUUUAAUUUCAACCCAUUCUAGCCCGACCUUCUGAGGUUGUGCUGCUGAGAUGGAGGCAGUUGCAUUAAAUAGACUUGGGACUGGUUCAAAGCAGGUUGCCACUCCAAGAGAGAUACAUCCAUCAUUUGCUGGGCCCGUAACCCAUCUGGCAGUGUCAUAGACUCAGCUGGUGACACAUAGGCUCAACACCACCUGUGCUGCUGGCGGUUGCAAGUGAUCUGAGCCCCAAAGAUGGAUUGGCAUCAUCUUCUUCAUACCCAACUAGCUGUAAAUUUGGCCUACUGAUUUAUCUAAAUAAUUUGUCCCCAUCUUUUCUGUUCAGUCGGGGCUCAAAGCACUUUAUUUAUUCUGUCCUUCUCUUCAGUAGUCCCUCCAUCAGAUCUUUAAGGAGAGCUUUUCCCAGGGUCUGACACACUUACAAGAAUGGCACAGAUACAGACAAGCAGCAAGGUGUCACCACAAUGGUUAGUGUCAGAUCCAGGUUCCAAUCCAUACUUUGCCAUGGUGACUGUUUGGUGACAGGGCCAAGGAUGCCCACCCAUGGCAGAGAAGGGGUUCAAACCCAGAUCUAAAUCCAGCAUUCUUACACAUGGCCCACAGACUUUUUGAACCUAUGGGCAUCUUUGGAAUUCUGACACUGGGUGGGAACAACCACAAAAUGGCUGCCUUGAGAGCCAGAGCCAAUCUCAAAAUGGCCACCGUGGGAGACAGAGUCACAGGAAGCCAAAGUGCAGAAGAUAGGUGUAUAUAUACUGGGAAAGAGAAGGGUAAGGGAGAAUAAAACCAAUUUUGUGUUGGCAGUUGCCACCAAAACAAUGUUAUUUUAAUAUGUACAGGCAAUCAGAUCUCCCACCUGGCUCCCCCAUUUCCUAAUAGCACUCUGCUGGGGACCCCCGCUGUAACCACUACACUAUAUCCCACUGCCUGUCUACACACACGACGUUCUUUUAAGUGUAUCAGGCCCCGGGGAAAGCUUUUCGUAAGAUCUCAGUUAACGUUGGCAGUCGAGGAGGCGGCCUUUGGCUAAGCACCUCUUCGGAUCCCACCUGUGGAGACGCCAGCUGCUCCUUCUGUUCUCUGGCCCGAACUAGCCUAUGCCAGCACGGUUUUCCAUUUUCUCCCCCCCCCCUUCCUAUCCACAGGAUUCCAGCCAUCUCUCUCACAGCAGAGAACCGCAGAAAAGAAAAUUAGAGCCCUGAAAACAAGACUAGGAUAAUAAGGUGUAAAAUCAGGGCUGGAGGAUGUGAUCUUGGCUUCUGGCAAUGCUGUUUAAUUUUUUUUUUUUAAAGUAGGCCACAUACCACAGUACUCUGUAAGCAGCAUGGAACUAGAACAGAAUUUGGCUUCAGGGUGAGGAUCUAGUUUUUACUUUGAAUGGGAUAUUACCUGGAGCAGCAGUGGCGUAGUGGCUAAGAUCAGGUGCAUGCUGAUCUGGAGGAACCGGGUUUGAUUCCCAGCUCUGCCGCUCGAGUUGUGGAGGCUUAUCUGGGGAAUUCAGAUUAG